UGAAGCGUGGAGCUUUAACUGUGGAAGCUGUGGAAAGUGAACGCAUACAUUCGCAAUCCUUUAGCGCGGCCUAGAUGCAUAGCAAGGUGAUCGCAAUCCUUACACACAUCCUCAAGGCUAUACGCAGUUCAAGCGCAUAUUUGCAAAGCACCGUGUAUUAGGGAAUGCAAAUAUUACAUACAAGUGUUUACAUAAGUGCAUAUGCAACAACAAUUUGCGUGCGUUUCCAGUAAUCAAAGAAUUAAUUAACCUGUCGCUAUUUUAGUCUGACCACAAGCAGUGCAAUAAUUUCAUAGUGUCGACUUCGUAUAAUUGCUUUGAUUUGAAAUUACAAUUAUUGGCGCACACACACACAAACGUGGAAAUUAUUUUUAAACGGUUCCAGGAACUGCCGCUCUUAUCAACAUUUAAUACACAUUUCACGGUACGGAAAAUAUAAAAUGCGCUUCAAAUCGAAAAUAGCGAUUUUGAGUCUAUCGGUGGUGUUGAGUUGCUGCCUGUGGACGCACAGUGAAGCAAAAAUGUUGACGCGAUGCCAACUCGCCAAGGAAUUGUUGGCUCACGAUUUCCCAAGGAGUUAUCUCUCGAAUUGGGUGUGCCUGGUGGAGAACGAAAGUGGCCGAAGUACUUCAAAAGUUAUGCAAUUAGCUAAUCACAGCGUGAGCUAUGGACUUUUUCAGAUAAACAAUAAAAAUUGGUGUCGCAAAGGUCGAAAGGGUGGAAUAUGCAAUAUAAAAUGUGAAGAUUUUUUGAAUGAUGAAAUCUCCGAUGAUUCUCGUUGUGCCAUGCAAAUUUUCAACAGGCACGGCUUUCAGGCUUGGCCUGGUUGGGUUAAUAAGUGCCGUGGACGUACGCUGCCCGAUGUCUCCAGGUGCUGAGCUCAUCUCUUACAUCUAUCUGCCGGUCUACGUAUUUGUUGCUGUUGAAGGAAGUUAGAACCCGCCACUGGUGGCUCUUCACAAGGACCUCUAAGGCGAGAAUUGGCGUGCAUGCGAGCACAUCGCAUAAACAUACAUAUAUAACGAGAAAUAAUGACUUUUUAUACAAACAAACGAUUUACCCUUAAGCUUCACAUGGCAUACAAAUCAACCACAUCAAAUGUUUUCGAAUUCGCGCCGAAGAAAACGCUCACAAAUUUACAUAUACAAACAUACAUAUGUACGUAAAUAGUAAUUAUGCUAAGGAAAAAUAUUAAAUUAUUUCUAAGUUUUAUAAAUUCGAUUUUAAGUAGCGGAAAUUGGCUCAAUAAAUUAUAUCACAAAUACAUACAUA